AUGGCUGACGUCUCGAUGAAGAGUGGAGGAGGACGAAAGAGUGGAGUGGUGAAUGUUGAGGUCCAGUACCCCCCGUCCCCCUCUCCCCCCUCCUCACCGUCUGCGUGGGAAGGCUUUGGGACGAAGGUGAGACUGUUGCUGCCGUACGUCUGGCCCAAAGGCUCUGCAGCUCUGCAGGGACUCGUGCUGCUCUGUGCGGGCCUGCUGGCAGCUGAGCGGCUGGUUAAUGUGCUGGUGCCAGUUUACUCCAAGAACAUCGGCACGUCCGGCUUCAUCAGCAACCUGCGUCAGUUCAUGUGGAUCAAAGUUCAGCAGUUUACCAGCCGAGGCGUUCAGGUGUGUUUGUUCUCCCACCUGCACGGUUUGUCUCUGCGCUGGCACCUGGACAGACGCACCGGAGACGUGCUGCGGAGCGUCGACAGAGGAACCUCGUCCAUCAACAACCUGCUCAGUUACAUCCUGUUCAGCAUCCUUCCCACCGUCUGUGACAUCAUCAUCGCCAUCAUCUACUUCAUCUCCUACUUCAAUAUCUGGUUUGGACUCAUCGUUUUCACCUGCAUGCUCCUCUACCUCACCUGCACCGUCCUGAUCACAGAGUGGAGGACCAAAUACAGGAGAGAGAUGAACGACCAAGACAACCAGGCCAAGUCUCGAGCCGUUGACUCUUUGCUCAACUUUGAGACGGUCAAAUACUACGGAGCAGAGGAUUAUGAAGUCUGCUGCUUUGAGGACGCCAUUCUGAAGUACCAGUUCUGUGAGUGGAAGAGCUCGGCCUCUCUGGCUCUGCUGAAUCAAACGCAGAACGUUAUCAUAGGAUCAGGACUGCUCGCCGGAUCUCUGCUCUGCGCUCACCUGGUGUCUGAGGGGCAGUUCCAGGUUGGAGACUACGUUCUGUUCGGCACCUACAUCAUCCAGCUGUAUACUCCUCUCAACUGGUUUGGAACCUACUACAGGCUGAUUCAGAGUGCGUUUGUGGACAUGGAGAACAUGCUGGCCCUGCUGACCGAGCAGAAAGAGGUCCAGGAUGCUGAGGAUGCUCAGGACCUGUGGCUCACAGCAGGUCAGGUGGAGUUUGACAGAGUCUGUUUCAGCUACGCGCCCGGCAUGGAGGUUCUCAGGGAUGUGAGCUUUACAGUGGAGGCGGGACAGACGGUAGCUUUGGUUGGCCCAUCUGGAUCAGGGAAAAGCUCCAUCCUGCGUCUGUUGUUCAGAUUUUAUGACCCUCAGAUCGGCAGAAUCUGCGUUGAUGGACAGGACAUCUCCAAGGUGCGUCAGUCUUCUCUGAGGUCGUACAUCGGCGUCGUUCCCCAGGAUACAGUUCUCUUCAACGACACCAUCCGCAACAACAUCCGCUACAGCCGAGUUACAGCCAGCGACCAAGAGGUGGAGAGAGCCGCCAUGGCUGCUGACAUACACAGCAGGAUCCUGGAGCUUCCUAAGGGUUACGACACCGAGGUUGGGGAGCGGGGUCUGAAGCUCAGUGGCGGGGAGAAGCAGCGAGUGGCAAUUGCUCGAACCAUCCUGAAAGAGCCCCGGAUCAUUCUGCUGGAUGAGGCCACGUCUUCACUGGACACUCAAACUGAGAGGAACAUCCAGGCUUCACUGGCCAAGGUCUGCACCAACAGGACGACUAUUGUGGUCGCACACAGGUUGUCCACUAUUGCUGGGGCGAAUCAGAUCCUGGUGGUUCACAACGGGCGGAUCGCAGAGAGAGGACGGCACGAGGAGCUGCUGGUCCAGGGAGGUCUGUAUGCAGCCAUGUGGACCAAACAACAGAAAAGUCUCGACACACAAACAGAAUCACAGAUGAACAAUGAAACCCAAGAUAUCUGACACCGGAUGGAACAUUUUUUGUUAAAUUAAAAGCACACUCCAUGCUUUUGUUAUCUGAUGUAAUCUUAUCUCAUGUUUGUGGACCCAUUGCUCAA